AUGCCGCACUCGAUCCCCGUACCUGCCACAGGCUUCCAAGCCUUGAUCCUCUGUGGACCUGGUGUCUCGCUGAAUACCUUCACCUCGAAUCCGGAAGAGUACCCGAAAUGUCUCAUUCCCGUCGCCAAUCGCCCGAUGGUCUACUACCCGUUGGAUUUCUGCAAGCGAUCAGGAAUUACAGAUAUCACAUUGAUUACUCCUCCUUCCGCCGUCGCUCCUCUCCAGGCCGCUCUACAACAGAACCCGUAUCUUACGUCGCUCCCCUCGCCUUCCCCAACAGUCCUUGCCCCCAAGGAUCUUCAACUCACCUCCGGAACCGCUGAAAUCCUCCGCCUCCCCGAGGUGCAAGCCUGCAUCAAAUCCGAUUUCCUCCUUCUCCCCUGCGAUCUUAUCUGCGAAAUCCCGGGUGAAUCGUUGCUAGAGUCUUGGAUGGUCUGGGAGGGUCGUAAUCCCCACGGACCGGACUCAUUAGGCCCCGGUGGCGAGAAUGGAGGUCCUCGAGGCGGUCUGAGCGUAUACUACCAAACGCAAGGCACGGAGGAGGACGUCAAGAGCGGAGUUAAAGACUUUGUGGCUAUCGCGCCUCUUGAGCAGGAUGAGGUGCCGGCAAUCUCGCGAUAUGAGCUUUCGAAACUCGCCAUGUCGAUGCCCAUGGAUACCGUGAAGGAGAGACUCGAAGAGGACAAGGGUUUCCUUGUUCGUCAUUCCUUGGUUGAGAAGCACGCGCAGGUCAAAAUGCUGACCAGCUAUCGCGACGCGCACCUUUACGUGUUUCCCUACUGGGUCAAGGAAUUGGCGCUCCAUCAAGACAAGUUACAAUCAGUCAGUGAAGAUCUCAUUGGUUACUGGGCCAAAUCCAGGUGGCAGCGCGGCCUGGGAGAGAAACUCGGAAUCAACCACGUUCUGGGGGGGCGGCCGAAUGAGAAUAUCGACGACAAUGGAAGUGUCAACGGUCAAGCUCUUGAGCAGGAAGAGAUUGACCUUCGCGGGAUGAGCACCACCACACAUACCUCCGCCUCGGCGCAGAGUGGCCCGGAACCUCCCUUGGACAGCGCCGAGUCAGAUGCUGCAACUGAGACCCCAACAGCAGUCGAAGUCCCGCCUAUUCUCGCCUACAUGCAGAAGGAAACUUCGCCAUUCGUUCGCCGUGUCGACAGCUCCCGUGUUCUUCUUGCCACAUCUCUCCGUCUUGCCAAAUUAGAAUCUAUCGAAGAAGUUGGCAAGACCGCCGCUUCUCCGUUCGCACACAACCAGAAAAUCGCUCACCCCGAAGGCGUCGCUCAGCGCUGUGUCGUCACCAAGGGCGACUGCCUUCUUGCUCCUAACGUGACCGUCGAAGAGAAAUGUGUCAUCAAGGAAUCUUGCAUCGGCACGAACACCAAGAUCUGCAGCGGCGCCCGUCUCACUCGAUGCGUCAUCCUCGACAACGCCGUCAUCGGCGAACGCUGCGUGCUGACCGGAUGCAUCAUCGGGAAGCGUAGCAAAGUCGGUCGCGAAUCCGUGCUGAAGGACUGCGAGGUCCAGGAUGGCAACAUCGUCCCCGACGACACAGACGCCAAGAACGAGCAAUUUAUGAUCUUCGAGGGUCUGGACGAGGACGAGGAUGGAAUGGAUGUUUCUAAGGAUUUCGGGGAUGACCAGGGCGACUUUUAA